UGAACUUUUAACAGGAUGUUAAAGGAAGGGAUUUUGAUUCACCCCAGUGACUCGAAUCUUUUGAAUCAUAUUCAACAAAAAGAUUCUUUCAAUGCUCAUUUUGUGUUGAGAACAAUUCAAUGAAUCAUUUGCUCGAUUCGUUAAAACACCGAGUAGAUAAAAUGUCUUUCAACAACACCACUGUGGACCUGACCAAUGCUAAAAUGGGCGCCAUGGUUGCCUCAGAAAUGCUCGUUUCGGCAGCACAGAAGUUAUUGUGUCCUCGAAAGAAACGUUUAUCUCCGUCUACAUGUCUUGAUGUGACUGUUCAAAUAAUAGCUGUGGAUCUGGGCGUCAAACCAGCGCUGUUGUACGACAGCAAUGCAGCAUCUCCAGAACAGCUUCACCUGUACCUCAGUUCGCUACAGGAGUCUGGAGUUGUAACCAGUCCACUACGGAUACUGUCCAUUGAUGACAACACAUUCAUUUUUAACCCUGCCACUGUUCGGUCCCACCUGGAUGAACUGCUCCAAAGCAAAAGUCUCCUUCUGAUUGAUGUAUGUCCCUCAAGAAAACAACCUGUCUUGGUUGGCUUGGAAAAGAGAACUGAGGAUAUGAUCAGAAGUCUUUCAGGAUUCAUGAAUGAGCUGGAUGAAGGCUCCUCAGUGAUUGUGUUGGGAGAGGAGUUGUAUAAUGACUGGAACUUGUGUACUCUCUUUGGAAUCUUGUUAGGUUAUCCAGCCUCCUACUGGUUUGACCAAACAAAGGGAUUUGGGAACUGUCUGUGUAUGACACCACUGGUGGUGUGCACUAUUUGGGUCACGUGGCAAAUACAUGACAUAAAUCAUCGCUGUUGUCUUUAUUCAUUUAGUGUUCCUGAGGAGCUGUGGUCAGAAGUACAAAGUCAUAUGCAACAGUGGACGGAGCAUUUGAGAAAGAGAUCUAACAAACAGACAGUUCUGACUGAUCUCUGCUUUUCUAGGGAUGUGGUCACAUUGCCCUCUGUGGCCCUUUGAAUAAACUUGAUUUAUGUUUCUUUUUAAUGUUAUUUUGUCAGUGUUACAGUGUAUUUUCUCAGAAACACAUUACAUUAAUGGUUUGUUCAUUUAAUUUCUUUUUCCAGGCACCACAUAUUUUCAGUAUCAUUUAUUUGUUCCAUAGAUUACAUACCAAACAACAUAUAAUAAUGUGUGCAUAGUGUUGAAAACAAUAAAACAAGGCAGUGGAUCUCAA